AAGCAGACUCGCUUAUUCCAGACAAGGUGCAUUCAAAAAUGAUUCGACGCUUCCCUGUAGCUAUUCAAUUAAGUCUACUGGUUGUAGCCUGGUUGAAUUCGCAUGUCAUCGCUGGCCUAACAGUGGACGAGCAACUGGAACAACUUAGGAUCAACUAUAUGAAAAUGGAGCAACUUGUAGCUGCCAAGGACAGCCGUUUGGAAUCCCUAGAACUUAAAGUUCAACAUCAAGAAAUACUGGAAGCUCAAAUGAUUCGACUUGAGACUGAAGUGACUCAAAUGAAAGCUCAAGCGAUUCGGGCACAAGAGCCGAGGCUGUUAACUGCCCAGCAGCAAAGUCGAAAUUACAUCAACGCUACUAGUCUGAGGCAAGGGACAACUCAAUUACCCAAAUCCUGCGUGGACCUUAAAAUUAUGGGCCACACUUUGAGUGGAAUGUUUCUGAUUAAGGGAGUCAAAACCGUCGAAACUGUUUUCUGCGAUUUUACUCUCGCCGCAACCGAUCCGAACUUUCAGAGGUGGAUUGGCUACGCUGAUAUCAAGUCUUCGCCCGUUUCCUUCCACGCGCAGAGAGUUGGACUCUACGACGCAGUCAACACUGUGGUUCCCUACAAUUUAACAAGGCUGAAUAUUGGCAAUGCCUUGAACCCAUCGACCGGAGUGUUUGUCGCUCCGAAAGCGGGCAGAUAUUAUUUCGCUUUCACGGGUUUGAGUUGGGCCACUUACGUCAAAGUUCAGCUGCAGGUGAAGGUGGGAUCGGCCGAUUGGAUCAAAAUCGGAGAAGCCCACGGCACAGCUUGGAACACUAUGGCACUCCAGUCGACUCUGCAACUCGCCAAAGGCGAUCAAAUUCGUUUGGUACACCUUCAGGGAGUCAUUCACGACGCCGACGGCCAUCAUUUCAGCGACUUUGUUGGCCACCUGCUCGAAGAAGAUGUUUUUGGUAGUUAAUACUUCACCCAAUAAUUCAAGACUGAAUUUUUAAUUAAAUCUGCAUUGAUAAAGCAAUUCCUUGCUAUAAUUAAGCAUGUUAAAUUACAACUGAAUUGGUGUGGUGUCACUGGUCCUAUUAUUAAAUAUAAAAGAUGGGAAAACACAAA